AUGCGACCAGAACGGGAGAGAGAGGCUUGAUUCGAUGUGAAGUGAUGUCAACGAGCAGACGCUAGGGCCAGGAGGAGAAAGGAGUGGUGGCAACGGCAAAUGAAAGCAGAUUGGUUGAGGCAAAUUGGUUGGAAACAUACGGUCCAGUUUCAUAUUUUCUACAUAUUUUGUACAAAGGAAAUGAUGCAGCUUGUGUACUUCUCCCUACAACAAUCCAUCUGUUGCUUUUCCUAUCUGACAUCAGCAGCUCUAGCCAUUGUGUUUCACCGCUUGUUUGAAAUGUCACGCCACCUCUUACCACCACCCACAACAUUUAGCUGAUUUCGAGCAUUUCCCUCGAUUCGCGUUCCCCGCAGUCUAAUGUAGCAUUCUCGUUGUCAGUGCGUCAAGAGUCUCAGAAGCUCGACAUGGAGAAAGAAACGAGCGAGCUUCAACAUACGAACCCUAACGGAGACGAAUUUCCAGAAGUUCACGCCGUCAGGCCCGCGCAUUCGGCGGCGCAAUAUAACGUACUGUCAUCGUUACAACGCGAUGUGGAUUUCUUCGCGAUGCCUCCCCAGCUCCCCGCUUUCCCGCCAACAAUUCCGCACCUUGCGCUUCGACUUCCAGUACCGCUACCCCAAGUCCCGGCGCCGCGUCGGGGAUGCUUCAUCGUAACGCGCAUUACUGCCUGCCUGCUGAGCAUUCGGCGCGCGUUGACGGAGAGCCCAAGGGUGAGGCGCCGCCGGACGUGAUGUCUGUUCAGCUGCUCGCGAGCCUGCUGUCGGAGAUGAGCGACUCUCCCCCGCUCCCCUCCUCCCCGCUUCCAUCUCCCCCCCGCAUUUCCCCCGUCGCCAUCCACGCGCUGCCUCCCAAAGCUUCGCCGCGCAGCGCUGUCACACCGCCAGGACUGCCGCGACGGCAUGCGGAGUGCGCGUUUUCCCCGUGUGAGAUUGCGCCUGAGGCAACAGCGGGCGCAACACUAGCCUCUCCGCGGGUAUACGCAGGGAGGCGCGUGGGCGCAAGCCGUAGGGAAAUCGCGGCUGCGGAUGUGCGACCCCGUGGGGCGGAGAGCGGCGAUUAUCCGCUUGCGCGCGCUUUGGCGGAACUAGAGGCGCAGGAACGCGCGCGAGAAAUGGCGGCCACGGGGUCACGGCGCGCAAGCACACGCAAUGAGCGGGAUGAGGAGCGCCGCCGCGUAGACGGCGAGGCGACUCGGAGAGAGCUCAGAACGACAGGUUCGGAUUCUAGCAGCGCGCACAUGGUGGCGGAAUCAUCCGCGGAGGAACGCGACGGCGCGGAUGCGAGGGGCGGAGGCGGCGGGAUUGAGGACAUCAUGGCGCAUCUUCCGCGCUCUGGCUCCGCGUCCCUCGCCUCUGACGCACAGGAAAGCUCACGCCAGGUGAGCAAGCGACGGGGGGGGAGCGAUGGCUGCGCAUUUCCCUUUCAAAGCGAGAGGCUGCUAGGCAGAGGCGCAGGCGCAGGCGCAAGGCAGAGGGCGGAUGGUGGCGCAGGUGGCGGUAGCAGCAGCAGCAGUAGCGUGGACGGCAGUGGGGUGCAUUUCAGCGCGUUCCGAGCGAGUCGGGAGGACAUGGUGCGCGCCCUCACUGCGCAUCUGCGCCGCCCCGCUGUGGCGCCUGGUCCGCAUCGCAGCAGCAGCAGCAGCGGCGCUCAUUCCGAGCCUGCUCACUCCGAGCCUGCUCGUGCACGCAGCAUGGCUGCAAUGGGUGGUGAUUCCAUGAUUCGUCCGCGCACGAGUGGUGGCGAGAGAGGCAUGGCAGGCGAGGGAGACAUGGGCGAGAGAGUGACGAUGUGGGCAGAAGAGAGCGGUGGGCAAUGGAGGUGAGGAUGUGGGGCAGCAGGGCAGAGCACGUGAGGCGGCGGUUGAUGGGAGACGCGGGAGUGCAGGGGGUGGGGCCAGGAAUGCGAGACACUGCAGGCGGCCAGGGGCUUGCAGUGCAGAGAGGGGGUAGCAGGGGGCCAUGGCCUGACCCCAAGGUCCGGAACCGAGCGACCGUGGUUGGUGCAGCGCGUGGGCUGACUGCAGGCGCAGGUGUGGUGGGUGGCGGGGCAGGAGGGGCAGAAGCGAAGGGGCGGAUGAGGGAAGGUGGCGGCAGCAGCAGCAACAGGGCGGAGAGGUGGCAAGCAGGGCGGGUGGGAUCCGUGCAGCAGAGGAUGGGCCCGCCUGCACCCAGAGCGACCGGCAGAUGGAGUGGCGCGGCUCCUCUAGUGCCUCUACCCACGGCUCUUGCUGCUGCUGCUGAUGGCGCUGCUGCUGGCGAUGGUGCUGCUGGUGCCGGGGCGGGCGUGGGGGAUGGCACAUGGCCAGCAGGGGCCAUCGCCGCUGCAUUAGAUCACAGUGGUGCAGCAAUGCAACCUGCUGUUCUCCCUACUUCUGCCUCCUGGCCUCCCCCCAUGCCCCUCCUCCCCCACCCUCCAACUAUGCCUCUCCUCCCCAUUCACCCUCCAUGCCUCUGCUCCCGCAUUCUGCCCCAUGGCCCUCCGCCCCCACGCCCCACCCAGGCCAUUCCUGCACCACUCUCAGCCCGGGCCUCUCGUACCCCACUCGCCACCCUCAACUGCGUUCCCCGAUUCUCUGCCCAUGCCUUCCUUCCCCCACUCCUCAUCCGCACCUCACCUUCCCCAUUCGCCGCCCGUGCCUGUUGCCCACUCCCUACACCUCUCCCUGCCCAGCAACCGGCCGCUGUUAACCAGAAUCCAGCCGCUUUCAGUCCGCUUUCAGCGCCCAUAAGUCCGCUGUCCAAUUCCCUUCAAGGCGCAUGGCGUGUGGCAGCAGCAGGGCCAGAGGGGAUAGCAGCGGUGGGCGCAGAAGGCAUGGGCGUGGAUGAGGAGAUGCUGUGGUCGGAAUGCGACGCCAUCAGUAACGAGGUCAUGGGUGCUCAUCCCACGGGUGCUCACCCCACAGGUGCUCACCCCACGGGUGCUGAUAUCAUGGGUGCUCCAGCCCUGCCACAGGUGCUCGCACCGCUUCCCCCCAGCAUUUCCCGCACAGGCUUUGACCCCCUUGCCACGUUCCAGGAAGCCUCAGAGCCACGUGGCUUGGCUGGGUCUCCUGCAGGGGGCAGGCGAGAGAGAGGCGGAGAAAUGAGGGCGGGUUAGAGGCAGGGGUGGCGUCAGGGGCAGGGAUGGAAGGAGGCGAGGGGGCAGGGAUGGGCUCAGCAGGUAGAGUGAGAGGAGGGACAGUCGAGGCAGGUUCGUCUGGUGGAGGUGGCAAGGGGCAAGAGUGUGACGGAACGAGCACGACGAGAACGCAUCAGUGAGGAGCUGCAGCGGCUGCGGCGGGCAGUGCGGGGGCGGGGCGACAUGGCAGCCAUGAUCGACGGUGCGGUGGCGUAUGUGGAGGAGCUCAAGGCGCAGCGGCAGCAGCUGCAGGCCACCCUGCUGCAGCACCAGCUCACAUGCACGUGCCCCCGCUGCCAGCCGUGAUAGGCAGUGCGGUGAGGGGCGUGGCGGCAUGGCAGCGGGUGACCGAUAUGGGAGUGUUAUGUGCAGGUGGCGCAGCUCAAGGUGCUGCUGCAGCACCUGGAAGCAUCGCAGCUGCAGUGCCAGCUCAUCUGCACCUGCCCACGGUGCCAGCCGUGACAGGUAGCACGGUGAGAGCCGGGGCAGGGGGGCAUGGCAGUUUGUGUGUGGAAGGGCUCCAGGUGUAGAGGCAGCAGCUGCUGCUGUGCACUUGCUGUCAGUGUAAGCAGUGGGGACAGAUCUGCCGGCAGCAGGCAGGGUAUGGGUGGAGCAGGCAGGGCACGCCAUUACAGUGCCACGAUUCUUUUCAUUGACUACAGCAGUGUACAGGUUGCAUUGUGUGCAGACUGUAAUGUAAUUGAUGUACAAUACGAGAUAUAAAUAUGAUGUAACGUAAUGCACAGUAGUAC